GGACCCUGGAGGAGGCCUCCCGCGACCACCAGGUGACAGAUGAUGUGUAUUGAGCGCUUACUGUCAGCAGUAUUUUAUGUCAUGCUCUGCAAACCAGCGAGGCCGGCGCUGCAGCCCCAUUACUCAGACAGGAAUAUAGAGGCCGGGAAAAGCGAAAUCACCCAGGGGCUGGGGUCGCCGCAGCCAGGAGAGACUCCGGCCAUCACCACCACCUGGGCGAGAUCAGACUGCAAACGGGGCCCCUUCCCGGUGCAGCCCCUCCACCCCCAGCAGAACUUGGGAAAGGCGCAGUCCGGGACUCUCCGCGCAUCGGGAGGGGAUUCCAGGCCCCCCCCCCCGAAAGUCCGGGCCGCCUCGCGCGCUGGAAAUCCCGCGCGCGCCCCGAACCGCGGCUCGGCUGCCGGGAAAUCAGGAGAAAAAAACUUCUGCUUUUUUUUUUCUUUUCUGGCAUUCGCGGUCACCUACCCGGCCCCCGCGCGCCCUCCUCCCGGUUCUCGCCCCCACGUGGGGCGCCCCCACACGGCGCUCCGCCCCCUCCCCGCCGUCGGCCAACCGCAGAGCUGUCUGCACUCUCCGUUGUCCUUCCACCAAUAGGAGGGGUGAAUGACUCCACUGAGGCCACGCCCCAUCCGUCAAGUCUAUAAAAGGCGGUGCCGGAGGCUCCCCGCUCAGAUCGCCGAGGCUUCGGACUACGGUUGGUUUCUGCAACUUCCCGGAUUAUUUUCGCCAAGGACUUUGCAACAUUUUUGUCCGCCUUUUCUGGAAGGAUUUCGCUGCUUCCCGAAGGUCUUGGACGAGCGCUCCAGCUCCGUGGGAAGGUUUUGGGCUCUCUGGCGCGGAUUUUGCAAUUUCUCCCUGGGGACUGUCGUGGAGCCGCGUCCACUGUGGAUUAUAAUUGCAACAUGACGCUGGAAGAGCUCGUGGCGUGCGACAACGCGGCGCAGAAGAUGCAGACGGUGACCGCCGCGGUGGAGGAGCUGUUGGUGGCCGCUCAGCGCCAGGAUCGCCUCACAGUGGGGGUGUACGAGUCGGCCAAGUUGAUGAAUGUGGACCCAGACAGCGUGGUCCUCUGCCUCUUGGCCAUUGACGAGGAGGAGGAGGAUGACAUCGCCCUGCAAAUCCACUUCACGCUCAUCCAGUCCUUCUGCUGCGACAACGACAUUAACAUCAUGCGGGUGUCAGGCAUGCAGCGCCUGGCACAGCUCCUGGGAGAGCCGGCCGAGACCCAGGGCACCACUGAGGCCCGAGACCUGCAUUGUCUCCUGGUCACGAACCCUCACACGGACGCCUGGAAGAGCCACGGCUUGGUGGAGGUAGCCAGCUACUGCGAAGAAAGCCGGGGCAACAACCAGUGGGUGCCCUACAUCUCUCUUCAGGAACGCUGAGGCCCUUCCCAGCAGCAGAACCUGUUAAGUUGCUGCCAAAAACAAAAAAUAAAAUAAAUAUUUGAACCCCCCUCCCCCUCAGCACAACCCCCCCAUAACAACCCAACCCACGAAACCAUCGGGGGCAGAGUCGUUGGAGACUGAAGAGGAGGAGGAGGAGAAGGGGAGUGAGUGGCCGCCCCCAGGGCGGAGAUCGGGGAGCUGGCGGCCGCCGAUCCGAUGGAGGAGAAGUGGGGACCCAGGCCAGCAGGAGACAGGACCCCGGAGCUCAGGCCUUGGGAUGGAGCAGAAGCUGGAGUGGCGGGGCACGCUGCCGCCUUUCCUAUCACGGAGGGUCCAGACUCUCCACUUGAGGGUGGAGUGAGACUGACUGCAACCCCCACCCUCCUUGAGACUGGAGCUGGCGUCUGCAGACCAGAGACCUGGUUGAACUUGGUUGGUGCUUGUCUGCACCCUCGACAAGACCACACUUUGGGACUUGGGAGCUGGGGCCAAAGUUGCUCUGUACCCAUGAACUCCCAGUUUGCGAAUCAUAGAGACAAUCUAUUUUGUUACUUGCACUUGUUACUCGAACCACUGAGAGCGAGAUAGGAAGCACAGAUAUCUAUAUUUUUAUUUCUACUAUGAUGACCUUGUAAUAAAUUUCUAAAGCUUC